GAUAGCGCGUCAUCUCGCCUUCCCAAAUUUUUCCCCCUCUGCACAUCGGAUCCAAAACAUCUAUCUAUAGGAGCAAGAAAAGGAGAAAGAUGUUUAACUCUGUGAACCUGGGAAACUUCUGCUCCCAGUCGCGCAAGGAGCGGAGCGCGGACUUCGGCGACCGCGCAGGGUGCGCUUCCAAUCUCUACCUCCCCAGCUGCACCUAUUACGUCCCAGAAUUUUCGACUGUGUCAUCUUUCCUGCCACAGGCCCCCUCUCGCCAAAUCUCCUACCCUUACUCCACGAACCUCUCCCAAGUGCAGCCAGUGCGGGAGGUCUCCUACGGGCUAGACCCCUCGAAUAAAUGGCACCAUAGAAGCAAUUACGCCUCGUGUUACUCCGCAGAAGAGCUGAUGCACCGAGAGUGCAUCCCGCCUUCCACCAUGACCGAAAUGCUAAUGAAAAACGAGAGCGUGUACAGCCACCACCACCACCACCCCAGCGCCAACCACCCGGCGUCCACGGGCUUCUACUCCAGCAUGAACAAGAACAGCGUGCUCCCGCAAGGCUUCGACCGCUUCUUCGAAAACGCCUACUGCUCCGCCGACAACCCGCCCGAGACCUGUUUGCAGAAGGGCGAGAGCAAGCUCGACACCGACUCGCAGCCCAGCGCGCUGUCAUCCCGCGGCGACCAAGGCGGAGACCCGGAAGACGAAGAAGAAAACACCAACCCGGGCUCCACAGCGUCGUCCUCCUCUGUCAACAAGGAAGGGAGCAAAACCAGCAACUCGAGUGCCCCCCGAACAAGAAAGAAGCGAUGUCCCUAUUCGAAAUUCCAAAUCAGAGAGCUAGAGAGAGAAUUUUUCUUCAAUGUCUAUAUAAACAAAGAGAAAAGGCUGCAGCUGUCUAGGAUGUUGAAUCUCACUGAUCGACAGGUUAAAAUUUGGUUUCAGAACAGAAGAAUGAAAGAAAAAAAACUAAGCAGAGACCGCCUGCAGUACUUCUCUGGAAAUCCCUUAUUGUGAACCUCUUUUGUAAUAAAUAAAAAAAAAUAAAAUUAAAAAAAUUAAAAAUUAAAAAAAAAAUCCUCUGCUCGUUGAAGUAUUCUAUGUAUGAAGAAGGGACGUUGUUGCAAGCACGAUUUGACUGUGGAGUCUACAAGCAACCCUCAGAGUUUUUAACCUUCUCUUUCUUUCCUUACAUUUGUAUGUUUGGGACCUAUUCGGGACAUAACAGAAAGGAGUCCCCGAUACUCCCCCACCCCCACCCCCUAAACGUUGAAAAGGACUUGGAUACUGUAUGAACUUUUAAUUUAACGUUUAGUCUUGAAGAAUUGGAUUUAUUUUUAUUAUGAUGUUUUUGUUCUUCUUUUUUCAUCUUCAUCACCAUCAUCAUCAUAAUUAUCAUCGUUGUUGGAAGCAACCACAGUGCUCUGUUCAGAAAAGUAUUAUUCUAUUUGUCAUAAUUUUGAUAUGCAAGUUGAUAUGUCUACGCAAAACCGCCCCCUCACCAGCAAAGACUCCCUGUCCUCAGUUGGGAGGAGGGCUUUGUGUGAGUAUGUGUGCAGGUGUGUGUGCAUGUGAGUAUAUACCCACACGUGUUCAUCCACGCACACACACACUGCACUCCAUGAGGGUUCCACUGCUGUACAUGCCAAGGACUGCUGUUCACUGAAAACUAAUUUAAAUAACCUUUCCAAGAAUUGGUGUC